AUGACAAAUCUGCUGCCGACACCGACUAAAUCGCAUUACCUCUUCAACCUGCGCGACUUUAGCCGCGUUAUCCAAGGCGUCACUUUGUCACUGCCGGAGACUAUGGACUCAUUGAACGCCAUGCGUCGGCUGUGGACACACGAGGUUUUCCGCGUCUACUACGACCGUCUCGUGGAUGAUAAGGAUCGUGCUUGGUUCUUCGAAUACGUCAAAUCUUCUGUGAAACAACACUUCGAGGUUGAUUUUGACCCGUUAUUUCAUCAUCUGGCCGGCGGUAAGGAGGAGGUGGGUCAGUGA